UCGCCAGAAUUUAUAUACUCUUCACCAUCAUCGACCUCGACCACGUAUUCUUCACUACAAACUGGCAUUUUAUUUUCGGAGCCUAAUUACAGCAGAUGCUUUUGAAACAUGCCCAAACAAGUCAAUGCUGCCAAGACUGCUGCGACAGACGACGGAGCCGUAAAGCCGUUUGAGUCCACAUUGAAUGGUGGCGACAACAUCAUAACCAUCAGCACAAGCAGUAUCACCAACGAGUGUCAUUCAUCCGCCCUCAAUGAGGAUUCGCUGAAAUCUACAUCAUCUAAAUUAGAAUCAGCUAAUAGCGACACUGCCGCUCGUCAGCAUUCCUGCACUUAUUUGAAGCCGCCAGCUACAGCCGUUUCAGUUUCUGCUGCCAACGUCGAAAUACAUACUCAGACCCGAUCAUCCCCCCGCUGUUGUGAUCUGUCGCGUUUAAUUUCAUUCCAAGAUAAUAACGCUGAUGUCCAUCAUCGUCGAGGUCGCCGCUUGCAUGGCUUACAAGUACCGCUACAUCCGCUACAAGUAUUCGGUUGGCUCGUGCUGAUACUAUUCGGUAUUGCCUCGUUCUUGGUCUUGAUACCGUCGUUCACGAGUGAAUUUCAAGGUCCGCUUUACGGCCUUAUUUCGGGUUUGUAUAUAGUGCAUGUUGCAUCACAUUUGGCUGCACUUCUAAUUGAUCCCGCGGAUCGUGAGCUACAGCGCGUCCAUCGCAACGAUCGUAUUGUACCGGAGUUCGAUCGUAAUAAACACGCACAUGUUAUUGAGAACGGUCGUUGCCAUUUGUGUAACAUACGCACUUCGUCACCGCGUACUAAGCACUGCUCGGUUUGUAAUAAGUGUGUCGGAAAAUUCGAUCAUCACUGCAAAUGGCUGAAUCACUGUAUCGGUUCGCGUAACUAUGUAGCAUUUCUAAUGUGCGUGGUCAGUGCAGUGAUUGCAACGGUGGUGAUUGUCGCGGCAGUGGUAGCACAAAUUAUGCUUUAUUAUGUGCACCCUGAAUGGCUGAGCUUCUGGCAUCCAACAGCCGGAAAUGGCGCAAGCAGCGGCCUAUCAAGUGAAAGUAUUGCUAACAAUGCCAACAUAGACCCCAAUGUCGUACAAUUUAUCCAAAAUGAGAGUGUGCUUAAUAGCACUAUUGGAGAAACAGCCAAUGUUACCAAUAACUUCGAUGUCGCCGCAAAUGUCACAACCAACAAUGCAACUUAUCUGCUGGAUACCGAUAUGUUGCCGGAUGUGACUUUGCCAACGCCCGCUGCGAAUGUAAGUACACUAAUUGCGGACACAAUCAACGAUACAGUGCUGUUGCACUUAAACCAAACAUUCACGGGCGCAGAGACAACAUUGGAUGAUGCAGGCGACAUUUCCAAAAACAAUGUUACAGCUGCCAGAAUCGCCGGCAUUAGUGUUAGUGAUACCAUUUUCCUGGUGCUAAUUGGCUUUCUGGGACUCUUGGCUGCUAUCACGGCAGGUCUCCUUCUGCAUCUUUGUUUUUUCCAUAUAUACAUCUCUUUCCUCGGUCUUACAACCUACGAAUACAUACGUAAUCAUCGCCAAGUGCAAGAGAACAAAGCUAAACAAACGAUUUCAAACCUGCCAAAAGAAGAUCAUCAACAUUUCCCUUUGACUCCGUCCAAAAAGACUAAUGACUGCGGCCAAAUGUAUAUCUGCUCCAGUACAAGGCAUCCAAAUGCUAUAAGUCCAGCCGAUUUGCAUUAUUUUGAAACGCGUAAGCCACUUCCAAAGCGUGAGGAAAGUCCGCGGUCGAAAUUGCAUUGUUGUGUUGAUUCCCGAGAAUAUCAUCAACCGACUAUGAAGGCGUACUAUAUGUGCUCGCUGCUCGAGGAGAAUGCCCCAAGUUCGCCGCUUGGAAUAUCGCAUAUCAGUGGUAGAGGAAAUGCUAGAACUGGAGGUUUGUAUGAUUCAAACGGAACACCUGAAACAACGGAUAGCGGCUAUAAGACAAUCCAUUGUUGUUCUUCAUUUGGCACUCUAGCGACCCAGCGUAGAGUCAGCGCUGCCACUUCCAAAGCCACUUUGGUCAGUGACAUAGAAGCGAUAAGUGCACGACGUUCAUAUAUGCAGUACACCGAGCAGUGCACAUUGUGCACUUUUCGAAUACGCAGUCCUAUAGUGAGCAAACGUGUUGGAGAUGUAAACAUACGUGCCGUGAGUGGCAGACACUACGGUGCACAAAGUCAUAUAGAGCUGAGUCCAACACAGAGGUCUAUUUCGGCAAGCUCCAAAGUGGUGACUACUGAGCACCAGCGUUGCUGCAUGAAGUCAAUAUCGAAGAACCAGCGUUGGCGUCGAAAAUGGAACUGCUGUUCGAAUGUUCCUGACAGUCCCGAUGUGCCGAACGACAUUAUUAGCGCUUUGACAAUGCGCCACCAACACAGCUCUGCCACAAGCGCCGGGAAGAAAGUGAAUGCUACAGAAAUGCCUGUACAUUUCAUUAAAACAGUGAAUGGAAGCGGCAGCGGAGACAGCACAACCGGCAGUCUAAGCAGUAGCCGCCCAACCUCUCCUCGCAGUGCCAAUCUCAAAUCAAAUUCCCGCUCGCGUUACUCUCGCACCUGGCCAAUGCCACGUCUGCGCCUCGUGAUGCGCAUGCUGGGUCGUUAUCGCCGAACCCGCUGUCGAAAAACUGACGGUAAUGGUGAGGUUGCUAGCAUUGACGAACACCAAGUUAAACAGAACCAAAUCCGCCCACUUCACUUACGAACCAGCGGCAACGGCGCAUAUAGUCGUCAUCAUCUUAAUCACCAAAAUCAACAACAAAAUUACAACGAUAGCAGCUCACCACAACCACCCUCAUCCACAACGACCACAUCUGAGCGCAGCGAUCAAAGUAUGUACAGUGAUUCGAGUAAUCUCACAACACCCUCGGGUCAAACGCCCAAUGCAAUCGAGACGAUCCUGCCCACAUCAAUUAUACGUGAUGAUACGUCCAUGACAUAUACGACACCAAUGGGAAUCACACUCCCACCAGCCUUACCCCCACCAACACGACGCAAAAUACCAAAUCCUACAAAUCUAGAAGAGCUCGCAGAGACACUAAGUUUCGUCUCCCAUUCGUCGGGUGGUGGUUCAGGGACUUUAUCGCCGGUGCAACGGCUCCCAACUUUGAGCAACGUUUAUCGUCGACAACGACGCAAACAUUUUCUGCGCACGCGUUCACCAACUUUGUCGCCUAUACACGAAACUGGACUUUCAAACCCAACAUCACCACAGCCGGGUCGACACAAUGCUGUCGCCUCCAACUAUAGUGCUUUUGCUGUGACGGGUAGUCUAGGCGAUUCAGCCGAAAUAGGCAGAAAGAAUUCAUCGAAUAGUUCACUACAUAGUAUUAGUUCAAACUCUAGCAGUACUUAAAUAUUUGCAUACGUGAAGUAUAGAAUGUCUGUUUAAUUUUUAAGA